CUAAUCAAUGUUAUUUGGGUGCUUUUAAUUCAGAGGAGUUGCUGUUAAGGAUCCAUCUGCUCCCCAUGGAGUUCGACUUUUGAUCGAGGACUAUCCUUAUGCUUCUGAUGGGCUAGAGAUAUGGGAUGCUAUCAAGUCUUGGGUGGAAGAAUAUGUCUCAUUCUACUACAAGUCAGCUGAGGAACUUCAAAAAGACCCCGAACUCCAAGCUUGGUGGAAAGAACUUGUAGAGGUGGGUCAUGGGGAUUUGAAGGAUAAGCCAUGGUGGCAAAAGAUGCAAACUCGUGAAGAGUUGGUUGAAGCUUCCGCUACCCUCAUAUGGAUUGCUUCAGCUCUUCAUGCUACUAUUAACUUUGGACAGUAUCCAUAUGGAGGUUUAUUCCUGAAUAGGCCAACUAUUAGCAGGAGAUUCAUGCCUGCGAAAGGGUCUCCUGAAUAUGAUGUGUUGGCUAAGAACCCUGAGAAGGAGUUUUUGAAGACUAUUACUGGCAAGAAAGAGACCCUCAUUGACCUUACAGUUAUAGAAAUUUUAUCAAGGCACACAUCUGAUGAGUUCUACCUUGGGCAGAGAGAUGGUGGUGACUACUGGACUUCUGAUGCCGGGCCAUUAGAGGCCUUUAAGAGGUUUGGAAAGAAUCUUGAAGAGAUUGAAAAGAAGCUUAUAGAGAAGAACAAUGAUGAGACAUUGAGAAACCGCUAUGGGCCGACUAAAAUGCCUUACACUUUGCUCUAUCCUUCUAGUGAGGAGGGAUUGACUUUCAGAGGAAUUCCCAACAGUAUCUCUAUCUAAGGGUUCUAUGGUUCC